AAAAUUUUUAAUCGUAUUUGAAAAAGCUUUUCCUUAAUUAAGUAAAAUAUAAUGGAUUCAGUGGCCAGUGCACUUUUGUCUCAGGAGGAAGAACAUGCUGCAGUCAACUGUUGCAUUAAUAUACAAAGGAGAUUGCUACGAGACAGUUCUGAUCCAUUUAGCUUAAAUGAUAAAAUAUUUGUAAAAAAUUUCCGCCUCAACAAAGACGCAUUUAAAAGCGUUUUAACAAUUAUGGAGGAAGAGCUUGGGCGAAGUGUAAAAUCAUCAUCGGUGACUCCUAUAAGUAGAUUGAUGGCAGUUUUGAGAUUUUUCGCUGAAGGAAGCUACCAACACGGUGUUGGGAAAGAUUUUGAUGUGGGGUUGGCGCAAUCCACGUUCUCAAAAACAUUGACAAAAACUUUAAACAUCUUGGAGCGCCGACUGUGCCCAGUAUGGAUUCAAUUGUGA